AUGAAGAUCGCGGCGGGUGCUGUAGCUCUGUUGACAGCCGCGCCUUGGAAUGUAGCCGCCAGGUUGGUAUAUGGUAACCCCACUGCGACCGUAGAUGGUGGCGUCAUUGUCGGGACUACUACGAGGGUAAUUGGGGCGACGGCGGCAAUCAAUAAGUUCCUGGGAAUCCCGUUCGCGGAGGCCCCGGUGGGCAGCAAGAGGUUUGCGGUGCCGAAACCGACGACUUGGUCGAAGCAAAUUGAUACCAAGGCCUUCAAGCCGGCGUGCAUACAGGCAUUUAGACCAAUCGAGGACCGCAAUUUCAUUCAAGACGUCUUCAGCAUCCCGCGCCCAGAAGAAAGCGAAGACUGUCUCUACCUCAAUGUCUUCGCCCCCAAAAAGUCCUGGAAACCCUACUUCCGCAAGCCGCGCUACCCAGUCCUCUACUGGAUAUAUGGCGGCGGCUUCAAUUUUGGUAACGCGGGACAGCCAAUCUACGACGGCUCGCACUUCGCCGCCCUCGAAAACGUGAUCCUGGUUUCAGUCAACUACCGCACAAAUGUCUUCGGCUUCCCCAUUGCGCCAGACAUCGCCAAUCUCACAGAGCGCAACCUCGGCCUGCUCGACCAGCGCGCCGGCCUGGACUGGGUCCAGCGCAACAUCCACGCAUUUGGCGGCGACCCUAAGCGUGUGACUAUCUUCGGGCAGUCAGCCGGUGGGUAUGCCGUCGACGUCUUACUCACCUCGCCGUGGCCCAACGGCCCCCCUUUCCGCGCUGGUAUUAUGGAGAGCGGGACAUACUCCUACAACCCCCUCUCCAACUGCAACAACACCAACUUCGCCUCGUGGAAUAACCUCCUCGACCACCUCAACUGCACAAACACGACCUCCCCCUUCACCUGCGUGAUGGACACCCCAGCCGCAGACAUACGCUAUGCGCAGGAAAAGUUCAACAUAGGCUUCGGCAUGGCGGGGGAUAAUGUAACCAUCGUGUGCGAUCCGCGCUUACGUCGAGAGGCGGGACGGUUCGCGCGCGUGCCGGUGAUCGGCGGGUCGACAGUGGAAGAUGGGAGCUACUACGCUGCGAAGAAUGGGACGGAUAUAGAUCGCUAUUUCAAGACUGUGUUCCCGAACGAAACAGCCCUCAAGACAAAGAUACUCGACGCAUAUUCCCUCAACCCGGCCGAGGGACGCUUCGACAACCAAAGCAUACUAGCGCAGAUUCAUACGGAUUGGAAUUUCCACUGUCCAGCAGUCUUCCUAAGCAACUCAAGCACCCGCUACGUUCCCACCUACCGCUACCUCUUCAACGCCACCUUCCCCAACGCCCGCCUGAGUAACCUGCCGGAUAAUCGCUGGCCCGUUCCUGCGCAGCUCGCAUACCACUCGAGCGAGAUCCCAAUCGUUUUUUCGACGUACAACCUCACCGGCGCGACGAGAGAGCAGAAGCGCCUGAGUGAAACGAUGCGCCGCGCGUGGGCAGCGUUUGCACGGGAUCCGUCGAGGGCGCCAAUUAGAGGAUGGAAAGUGGCGGGGAAGGAGGGGGCGACGGUUAUGGAUUUUGGGAGUGAUGGAAAGGCGGGGUUUAGGUUGGGGAGGGAUACGACGGGGAAGUGUGAGGCGUGGAAGGACUUCAUCUGGAAUAAGCAUUACUAA